AUGGCUAUGAAUGCUGUAGAUGGAAACCUAAAUUCUAACUUCGGCUUUGGGUCCUGCUCCAGCACAAACAAUGAUGCCUCAGCCUGGUGGAGGGUGGACUUGCACGAGCCGCAUAGAAUUUCCCAAGUCACCAUCACUAACAGAGGAGACUGCUGUGGGGAAUGGAUCAACGGAGGUUUACUACUCAUCGGAAACUCCCUGCAAAACAACGGAAAUAACAAUCCAAUGUGUGUAGAGAUAAGUGGCAUGUCAAGUGGCUCCACCAAAACCUUCCAGUGUGACGGAAUGCUCGGCCAAUACGUGAACAUCAUCUUACCAAACAAAAGCCAAUAUCUGCAGCUCUGUGAAGUUCAGGUCUUUGGUAUCCCAAUAUCCCAGAUGUCUGUCUCCAGCUUUGAUCAUUUGUUAUCACCAUCUUCAUCAUCAUCAGCAAAUACAACAAUAAAUUAG